GCAUUGGCAACUCAACUCAACCUUCCGCAGAAAAUUGCACAGCAAUCAGCAUUCAUUUCGAGGUUUUAUCUGGAAAAUUGAAAAAAUGGGAAAUCGAAGGGGAAUAAAUAAGUCUCCAUUCACCGCUGGACAGUUCGUGUUCGGAAAAGUAAAAGGAUCUCGCGCAUGGCCAGGCCGACUUAUUAAAGAGCUUGGCAGUGCAUACAAUGUCUAUUUCUACGGCACGUGCGACUAUGCAAAGGUGGCAAAGAAUAACAUUUUUGACUUUGAAAAGCAUUCUAAGCGGUACGGAAAAGUGCACGAUCGGAACUCCAAGGUCUGCCAAUUGUUCCAAGCAGCUAUGUCGGAAAUACAGAAGGCUGUGUCCCAGCCCAGCUCGGAUGUUGGCUACUUAAAUAUGGUGGCUUACCUAGAGCAAAACUGUGGACAGUCGGACUCCGACUCUGACUCGGACUCGGACUCGGGUACUUUGGAUUUGAGAGGCGCCGAACUUAAGGGGAAACCCUUUCGUCAUAUAGUCGCCGACAGCGACACGGACACAGAAACGUCUUCAGAACCAAAAAAAACUCCAAAUUUACAAUAAUAUUAUGCUAAAAUUCCUAUUUUUUCUGUAUGAAGUAAUUUUAACCUCAAAUUUGUUCAACGAAUAUGUAUGGGCUUCAAAUAAGAAAACUUUGAAUAAAUAACACCUAUGUAACUCCAA